UUCAAGAGUCAUGAAUACAAUUUGUGAACGGUGGUUGCACUUACAGUGACAAUAGUGAUUCUUGGAGAAAUGGGUAAGAAGGAGAAGAAGGAGAAAGCAAAAGAACGCAGAGAAAAGAGACUUCAAGAUAUACAGCUUUUAAGGUCCAUUCCUUAUUCCGAUCAACAAAGGUGGUGGUCAAAGGAAACAAUUGCUGUGGUUACCGGUGGAAACAGAGGUAUUGGGUUUGAGAUUUGUAGACAAUUUGCUACUCAUGGAUUGACUGUUAUACUGACAUCAAGAGAUGCUACUGCUGGUUCUGAAUCAAUUAGAGUUUUGCAAGAAGGUGGUUUGGAUGUGGUUUAUCAUCCACUUGACAUAGUCGACGGUUCAUCCAUCAACAACUUUGUUGAGUGGUUGCAGGAAAAUUAUGGUGGUUUAGAUAUUCUGGUAAACAAUGCUGGCGUUAAUUUCAAUCUUGGAUCUGACAACUCUGUUGAAAAUGCUCGCAAGGUUAUUGAAACAAAUUAUUAUGGCACCAAGAAUAUCACUGAAGCACUUAUUCCGUUGAUGAAACCAUCCAUUGUUGGUGCUAGGAUUGUAAAUGUAAGCUCACGUCUAGGUCGACUAAAUGGAAGACGAAAUAGAAUCUCCAAUGUAGCCUUAAGGGAGCAACUGAGUGAUGUGGAGUGCCUUUCGGAGGAGCUAAUUGACAGGACUCUAUCUUCUUUUUUACAACAAGUAGAAGACGGAAGUUGGACAUCAGGUGGCUGGCCUCAAAUAUACACGGAUUACUCAGUGUCAAAACUUGCUGUUAAUGCUUAUACAAGGCUUACGGCAAGGAAGCUUUCUGAGCGACCAGAAGACCAGAAGAUUUAUAUUAACUGUUGUUGCCCGGGUUGGGUGAAGACGGCUUUAACAGGUUUUGCAGGGAACAAUACUGUUGAGGAAGGAGCUGAUACUGGAGUAUGGCUUGCCCUUUUGCAUGACCAAACAUUUAUGGGAAGUUUUUUUGCUGAGAGACGGGAAAUUAACUUUUAGCAGUGUUGUCGAAAUGUUGUCAUGAACGAUGCCGUGUUAUGAACUUAUGGCAUAGCAGAAUUUGUGUGUUAUGGCAUAUUGGAGUUUUUGCUAGUUCCCAUAGGCUGCAACACUUACUGUAAUUGUCAUGUUUCUGCCAUAGGCCACAACACGAUAUUUAUAGGGCGGAUUUUGUCGUGCCAUAAGCUGUCGUUCACCAUUGAAUAUGAAGCGAGGAAAGAAAUGUGUAAAUCUGGCUUCUGGCAUUAGUUUGCUAGCAGGUUCAAAAUUUCUUUGUAGCAUAUACUCCCUCCGGUUCCAAAUAUAAGCAAAAAAUCACUUUUAAUCUGAAAAAUGAUUUCUUUUUUCCUUAUAUUUAGAACCGGAGGAAGUAAUUAUUAGUGGUAAGCUUCUUCCAUCCUUCUCUCUCCUUCGAGCAAAUUUUUGUAGUUUUUUUAUGGCUACCCGGAUUCGAAGUUUGAAACACAAGUGGGAGAAAGUUUUUGGUAGUGUGGUAUGUCUUUUCUUGAUGGUGUACUAUUUAAGUUGCUUUCAGUUCAUGUGUAAAAGUAAAUUUGUCUUAUCUUUGGGAGCUUUUAAAAUCCUUUACCCAAAGAGAACUUUUACCGUGCAUUGGAGACACUAUUUGUGGAUAUGAAUUGGUGCAUGUAGAUAGAAGUCACACUUUGUUUGUACUUUUUUUUUUAGACUUUUGAAUGAACUAUAAAGUAUGAUUAAGUUAAACUAAGAAAACAUGGUAAAAUAGUACAGAUUUGCUACUGAAAGUAAUUUGCAAAUGAAAAGUAGAGUUAUAUUGAA